GCGUUGCAGUGCUUACGUGUAUACGGAAUGUGUCCUUGGCAGGAAACUAAUGCCGGAACAAAACUGCUGCCAUAUUCGAUUGUCUCCAGAAUUUUCUUGGUCACACUGUCGCUAUGCGCCCUAACUGCAGACCUUCUGAUGUACUCGCACACUUGGAAUACCACCGACGAACCGAAAAUUCCGCUGGCCCUUGUAGCUGGUUUGUUUAUUCUAACCGAAGUCCUAGUCACUAUCUACGGAUCUGUGUUUUCUUUGCGUAGCAAGCAUUUGCCGGCUAUCAUGGAUGAACUGCGCCGACGAGUCGAAAGUGUGCCGCUUGUUGUGCGCACGCUGAGAUGCUGCUGUGUAUGGUAUACUGUCUGCUUUAAUGGAUUCCUCGUUAUAUUAACGUACAUCACGGUACAGCGGUAUCAGAAUGUUUGGUAUCAAAAAGAAGUCAUUUUCGGCUUUGAAUUUUACUCCGUAUACGGACUCGUUCUCCAAACUGCCCUGUUGCACGGGAUCAGUGCUGUGGCUUUAGCGUUUUCGGGGUCGUUUGUCAUUCUCGCUGUAACCUUAGGCUCAGCCUUCAGGCAGAUUGGAUACGAAUAUGAAGCGCAUUAUCGAAUGUACAAAACCGAUAGAAUUGAUUUCCAGGAACUGACAGCGGGAAUUACUAAAGGUCGACAUGAACAUCUGGCGUUGUCGGACAUUGUUCGGCGUCUGGAUACCAUUUAUGCCCCCUCCAGUCUCGUCAGCUUGAUUUUGGAGGUCCUUCUAGUAGUUAUCCUGGUUGAUAUAGUGAUCGGUGUGACGCCGUCAAAAAUUGGAUACAUGUUCACCAACAAUACAACUGAUCUAUUGCUCUGCUCACUCAUGGCGUUGGCUAAUUUGUUCUUACUGAUUCAAAGAAUUACUGCAGCGGCUUAUACGCACACGCAGGCACAUUCGGUUGUGGUGAUUCUAAGGACCAUGUCGGAAGAGCUUGGCAGCAAAAUCGAUGGGCUAGAAGUGCUGAUAAACAGAACAAUGCGCCGUAUACACGAUUGUCCUGUUGUGUUCACAGCUGGAAAUAUCUUCACACUGAACACUGAGCUAAUUCUGUCGGUGUCCGGCAUUCUCAUUACGUAUGUUUUGGUGCUGUAUGAGAUGAAUUCUAAAGAUGAUCGCCAUUACAUGCUCCCAUGCAACUGUACAACGAAGUUCCCGUAAACUGAUCCUGUGCAUAAACCUACUCUAGAUAUAAACUGAUUACUGCGACAGUUUGUACGACAGCCGCGGACAGCGUCUGUCAAGAGAAAUACAACUGGGGAAUGCAGCGUCAGUGAUGGGCACUAUGGAAAGAGCUGAUGAACUGAGCGAGAUUUAUUUGUCAUAGUUUUAUGGUGUUUUCUAAAUUGUAUGAACAGUUAACCGGUUGUGAUAAAAACAAAGCAGAUCUCGA